AUGAACCGCACUCUCUCCUCCUCCCUUUCGCAAUCCCCCCCCCAUAGUCCUAUACUCCCUUCACAAGAACUCGACAUUGACAUUGUCGACCUCGAAGAGCUGAACUUCGCUAUCCAGAUUGAAGCUAGAAUGGAUUUUUGGGCCACCUGGGUUGGCAAUAUAGAAGAGUUUCGAAAGGAGGUAAACUGCGGCUCCCCUCUGUGCUCAGUCAAAUGCGCACCUUUAGAGACCCACAUGUCUUGCUCGGCGUGCUUUUACGACCCUAGCCGUUAUCCGUCCAACUGCGGUCUUCGAGACCUGUACCUACGCGAUCUCCUUCGGUCCCAAGCCGGUCUCUCGCCCGGACAAGUAGAGAGAUUCAUGCCAGCCUACAAGAGGUUCAAGCAAGUCGCUCUGAAUGAGACAACUCCGACCUCGUGCCUUGCUGGCCUGGACGGCAAUCUUUUUGGCUUGUUAUCACGUGCAAGAGACGAGCUAACGGAUCUUCGACAGUCUCUUGCUCCAAUCCCUCACAAUUCGAGGUCUCCUUUGUCCAAAUUGGAGGUCACCCUGGCCAAAGCGCGUAAGGAGAACGCUCAGGUUGCUUGCAACUCACUUCGCGCGCGCCUCCAAUGGGUUACCCUCUCACACCUCAUAGAAGAUCUCAAGAACACUGCAGAGGAUACCUCUAGAGAUGCCUCCUUGGUUCUAAAAGAUCUAGUCAGCAGGCUUGAGCGUUUUUCUUCGCUUACCUUGCUGUUCGACUCAGACGAAAUUCAAGCGGCCGAUAAUUUUUAUGACUUUUUGUAA